AUGUCAUUGUCUCCGGCCACCCGGAUGAGCGGACUAUCCCUGGCGUGUAACUCAUCCGCAUCUGAAGACCACCCCCAAGUGCGGCCCACGGCUCGAGAGUCCCCCAUGCCGGAUUCGCAACACUCGUUGGAGGGGAGCGACUGGGAGGUCGAGGGCGAGGAAGAGGAACCAGAGACAAACACCGUAUUGUCGCCGACGGGUUUGAAGUACAACACAUCUAAGCUCUCCCCAAAAGCCCGACACGUUGUGGAGGGGCUGUUUAACCAAACCGGCUCCAAAGAUCCGCCUCAAAUAUCGCUCGAGUUGUGCGGAGUCAGAGAGGAGGAUUCGGAUUCAGAGGACGCCGGGGUAUUCUAUGCCUUCCAGAUGCACGAGGUUGUUCCGUGCUCUGUUCGGAUCGGGUCGAGAAACAGCGGAAGGUUUUCGGUACCCAAAUGCGAGUGCCCCGAUGCGAGAUAUCGACAAGUGAGCCCUUGCAAACACCUGGUCUGGCUCUUUGACAGGAUCUCAAAACAAGCUCUCUUCGACCAUGACCCCAACUCAGAGCUUACCCUGACGGAGGCUGGCUAUGCCGAAGAACUUGGCGACCCCUUUGACCAAAUAUCCCAGAUCGGUCUCGAUAUUCUCGCCCACGAUCUCCGUUGCGAUGCCUCGGAGCCCGACAGUGACGCUCCGCAACCCAACGCUACACGUUUUAGAGAGGCUCGGGAAAUUGUUGCUGCAGUUGCUGGUGUUCAGGACAAUGAACUCGCUGAGUAUCGGCCAGACUUGGAAGUCAAGUACGACCGUGAAGUACUGAUACACCGUGGCGAUGUUGGGGCCACGCUGUUCUCUCUCAUUCUGGCUUCGCACUCGCUCGCAGAGUGGGUGCGCUCUGAGCUUGACCUAUCCGACUUCCCUCUCGACCCCUUCCGAAGCAUUCAACACCGAGUCAUGCGUGUCAUCGAGCGAUUGAACACUUACCUGAGAAUCGAGGGGGGCCGCAGCAAUUUCCCCAAAACGCGAAGGGCGCGAGCCGAAGGUCCCCGAGACGUGAGCUGGGCUUGCUGCCAAAUUCAGCGCAGUCUGGGAAAGAUUGAAAAGCUCGUGUCCCGCGGCUCGAGUCCGCUUUCUAGCUGGGCACGAGCCUCGGCUGCCAGGGCUCUUGUUUCCAUUCUCAAAGCAGUAGUCGAACACCGUCUUCUAUACGACCGCUUGGUGGGGAAUCAAGACUGUGGCUUUGUCUUCUCGUCGCUCGACAUGCUUGCGGACCAAAGCCAGUUCAUCGAUGCUCUCGAAGAGAUCAUGGACAAAAUUGGUGUACUGGGCGCUCCGCCUUCCUACGUGACGAACAUGCGCCACCUAAUAUUGCGCAUGCGCAGCCACAAGACCGAAGAUGUGCCCUUCGCCGGUGGGAGCGGUACCCAACGAAGCGAGACACCGGUGCCGGACGAGCCAUCACCGGGAGCAGUUCAACCGCCCGCGCCCGGCCGAUCUACCAGUGUGCGAUUUCUCACUCCCGAAAUGCCCGCCAGUGUCAUGGGCCGUGGUGGUCGGGGGAAAGCCGGUCGCGGCAGGGGAAGCACCAGAGGGGCAAAACGCUCCGUCUCCGAGGCCGGCCCGUCGGACAGUUCGGGUGGCACGAAAAAGAAAGCCCGCGAGUCAUGA